GCUGAUGAUCAAAAAAAUUUUUGCAUCUACGUCUUUCCAAAUUACUGUAGUGUUCAAUUUCAAAAUCAUUUUAUGUAUAUUUAGUAACUAGCGUAGUUUCGGCUUUACUUUCAUAUAUUCAUAACUAUGCGAUUAUAAAUAAUUUACUAAACGCGUAAACUGAGCAUGAUAAACAACUUUCUUUUGUGAAAUUUAAAACAAUAUUGUGUAAAUGUCUGUUUCUUUGUGUGUUCUACGUAUAGAAAUUGAUGAAGAAUUACCCGGAAUGGGUGAUACUCUAGCUGAAAUAGAAUCUGCCAAGGAGCAAAAGAAACGGGACAGGGGAGCACGGGACUCCAAGACAAUCACAGUAGAGACUUAUGCUAGUGUCCUCAUUGGCCCAAACACUGAUACUGGGAUUUUGCCGACUAGUUCUCGACAAUCACCACCAGAGAGCAGCAUUCCAGAGGAUAGUGAUUCAAUUAGUUUCUUCUGUGGCAAUCCAUUAGUUGAAGUUACAAAAGGGGUCCUGCAUCUGUAUAAAGAAAAUGAGUUGAAAGAAGCAGAAGAGGCCAAAACACUAUGCUUACUCUCUGUGCCGGGUGCACUAGGAGCAGCUGAUCUGUUGGCGUUUGCUGCAGCAUGUCAAAAUGACAUCUCACAUGUUAGAGUUUUGAGAGAUGGCUCACCAGACCAUUACAUGGCACUGCUUACAUUCCGCACAUGUCAGUCAGCCCGAGAGUUUCACGCAGCGUUUUCCGGCGUCCCAUACAGCAGCUUGGAGCCCCAGGCGUUAUGCCACAUGGCGUGGGUUUCGCGAGUGGAGUGGGCGCGACAUGGCAGCCCGCCCGCCUCGCAUACAGAAUUGCCGACCUGUCCCGUUUGUCUAGAGCGCAUGGACGAGAGCGUUGCGGGCGUGCUGAGCGUGCAAUGCGCGCACGCGUUCCACGCGGAGUGCCUCGUACGCUGGAGUGACGCGCGCUGCCCCGUGUGCCGUUGCGCGCAGACACCGGAGCCGCGCGAGCAUGCGCUCUGCCUCCAGUGCGAGAGCGACGGCGCAGCUGCUGAAGGGGAAGGCGAUGAGUCUAAAGAAGCUUCUGGUAUAGCGGAGGGACUUGAGGCAGGAUCGCUGUGGAUCUGCCUAAUCUGUGGACACGUCGGCUGCGGCAGAUAUGAAAAGGGGCACGCGGCUAAACAUUUUGUGGCUUCAAAUCACACUUAUGCAUUACAGUUGGGUUCGAAUAGAGUUUGGGACUAUGCAGGGGACAAUUUCGUCCACCGUCUGGUACAAAACAAGGCUGAUGGUAAACUGGUGGCGGCUGAUGGGGGUUUAGCGUCGGACUCAGCUUGCGGCGGGGAGGGAGAGAAACUAGACUCGGCGCAGUUGGAGUUCACAUACAUACUGACUCAACAGCUUGACAGCCAAAGGAUGUACUACGAGGAAAGAAUUUCCAAGUUAGAGUGUGAUCACAUCGCUCAACAAUCCGCAGCGGUUGAGCGUGCGUCGAACGCUGAGGCGGAAGCGGCUACUUUGCGCACGCGUGUCACUGCGCUAGAGAGAGAAAAUAAAACACUCGAGCGGAAGCUUCAGCAUCUCACUAGCAAAGUAUCUGCGCUGCAACAGGAGGCGUCCGAGGAACGGGGUUUAGCGGGUGGGUUGGCAGCUUCUCACAAGCAGUGGCAAGAAAGAGCGCAGAAACGUGAGGACGCUUUCCUUGCUGAGGUGGCAGAACUAAAAGACCAACUACGUGACGUAAUGUUCUUCGUGGAAGCACGAGGACAGUUGGAAAAGGUAGACGGGGCUACGCAAGACGAGAUAGCAUCGGCGAGUGUCACCGUACAGGCGCCUGUAAAACCGCGCCGCAGACGGCGAUAAGCGCGCUUCUUUAUAUUAGGGUCGGUUCAAGCUGAGCGAUUACGCUGAAAGUCUAUUUUUUCUAACUAAUCUUACAAUGUAAACAAUUUUUUCAUAACUUGUUACUGCAAAGUAGGUUUUAAAGAAUUAAUAAAAAUUUAACAUCCUUAAAUUAAAUCUCUGUUUUUUUUAGUUUCUAAACAUGAAGGAGGUUCUCAAUUCGACUGUAUGUUUAGAAAUGAAAUGUGUGAGGCCAAAUAGUGUAAUCAUAUUUUUGUCGUUCAGAACACCUUAACUAUUAGUCUCGGACAAUUUAGAAAUACGAUAUCUUUUUUUUUUUGGUACUGUGAAUUCAUUUUUGAUCUUAUCUGGUCCGGGACAAAACGUAACGCUAAGAGAUCAAUCGUUUCAGUAAAGAACCUUUUUAUCAGGGUCGAUUCAAAAUGAGCAGUAUCCUAACGAUGAAAUCUGUGAGUCUUAGAACUCGGUCUAGGUAGACUU